AUGGUCAAUCUUACUACAUUCAUGGUGAUGGCAACUGCCAUGCUUGUGGGAGUCACUGCUCUUGAUAAGCCAACUGCAGACAAGAUCAAGGAGGAACUAGUCAAGGCAAAAAUCAUCCCUGAGGCGCUUGAGGAAUUUGAACCACUGACAAGUCUAAAAAUCACAUAUGAUGAGCAUAAUGACCUGGAAAACGGUGAACGCUUGAAGCCUGAGGAAACGCUGGUGGCUCCCUCCGUCUGGUUUGAUCCACCCAAGAAGGACGCUGAAUAUACCCUCGCUAUGGUCAACUUGGAUUCCAAUGGUCCCUUGGUACGCCAUUGGAUCGCCACCAACGUCAAAGGGGGCGAUGAAAAAGGCACCGCUUUCUUGAGUCAGCUACCCAAGCGUCAAUACACAUCCUACAAAGGCCCUACCCCACCCUCUGGAUCCAAGGACCACCGUAUUGCUUUCAUCUUGUACGAGCAGCAGGCUGCCAAUCAAACGUUUGUUCCUGAAAUUGAUGGUAGCGCCACCAGGGGCCGUGCGUUUUUCAAUCUCACUCAGUUUGCUCAAGAAAACAACCUCAAGCCAGUCUCUGGAGCCUAUUUCUACACUGAAUAUCAAGAGGGGUUUUCUCAGCAAUACCCUCCUGCUGAUGAUGACAUUUCUGAGGAAAUCCACAAGGACGGUCUUGUCAGUGAUAUCUUGGAUGGUGUUGGCAACAUUCUUGAUCUGGACGGCAUCCUUGGUAUCUCUAUUGGCAACAGGGAUAGAGACGAUGACAAUGACGACGAGGAACCUGUUGCAGCCAAGCACUCGCCAUCUGUUGAUCCUGAUACCAAAGCAAAGGCCACAGCCAAUCCCGAGAAGAACGGCUUGCUUCAAGACAUUCUGGAUGGUAUUCAAGACCUUUUGAAUGGCAUUUUAGGCAAUGAUGAUGAUGACAAUGAUGACAAUACUGGUAUCAACAUUGACUUGAACUUAAUGCGUGAUGUUUCUGCCUCUGCCUCUGCCUCGGCCUCUGCUUCUGCCUCUGCUUCUGCUUCUGCUUCUGCUGCAAAACUUAGUACGGAUAUCAAACAAGCAGGUCUCAUUGGUAAUCUUCUUGAUAACUUGGACGAUAUCCUCAACAUUGGUAUCAAUAUUGAGCACAAUGACAAUAUCAACAGGCCUCCUGGAAAAAUACCAAGCAAUGGUGGUAGCGAUGGCAGUGACAAUGGCAUCAUUAUUGACUUGAACUUGGUGCGGCUUGCAUCUGCUUCUGCGUCUGUUUCUGCUGCAGAGCCCAGCACUGAUGUCAAGCAAGCUGGUCUUUUGGAUGGUUUACUGGAUGAUCUUGGUAACAUUCUUGAUAUUGAUAUCAACAUUGGUCAUAACGACAACGACGACGAUACACCUCCCAGAAAAAGUCUUGACGAUGAAAAUGAUGGCGAUCGCAACGACAAUGACUUGGUGCUCAAGAAAGAUACCUCUGCCUCGGUGUCUGCUUCUGCCGCAAAGCCCAGCACGGAUCUCAAACAAUCUGGCCUUCUUGACAAUUUGCUUGAUGGUCUUGGUGGUAUUCUCAACAUUGACAUCAACAUUGGCAAUGGCGAUGAUGAUGAUGGUAUCAACAUUGAUCUUUUCGAUAACAGUGGUGCCAACAGCAAUAAAGAUACAAUCGCUGUCAAGGCUGAGUCCAACAGAGCUUACCCACCACCUCUUGCUGAACAUGUCUCUCCUUCCGCAUCUGCUGCCGCUGCUAUUGCCAAACCAAGUGCUUUUAUUGUAACGGCUGAACUUCGACAAGCUGGAGCUCUCGAUAAUCUGCUCGACAGCAUCCGACACUUGCUUGGUAACCAUCGUGAACUGGAUGACGAAAAAGAAGAUGUUGCUACUGGUGAUCUUGUAAUUGAAAAUGAUGCUGCGUCUGUUCAAGUCGCCAUGGAUUUCCCGUCAUCAUCUGCUGCUGCUCUUGCGGCUGAAUAUGUAGAAAUGCAUGAAUCAGCUUCUGCCUAA